CUAACUGCUGAAAAUGGUUUCCUAGGACUUUGCAAACGGAUCUCCCCAAAGUGUCGGUGCAAAACUUUGUAGAUCUCCGCUCUGGCUAUUUUUUUUUUGUUUUGCGGGGUUCUGGCUAGCCCCCCUCCCCCCUCCGCCAAAAUGCAGGGGGAAGGAGUGUUGACAAUUAAUCGAUGAAUUCUCCCAAAAAAAAUGGAGGCAGAGAAAGAAUCUGGAAGAAGAUUGCGCUGCAUCGGCCGGCAGAGAUACGACGAGAACGAGGACCUGUCGGACGUGGAGGAGAUCGUCAGCGUCCGGGGCUUCAGCCUGGAGGACAAGCUGCGCAACCCACGGUACCAGGGGGACUUCGUGCACAGCAUGGAAGGAAAAGAUUUCAACUUCGAGUACGUUCAAAAAGAAGCUCUCAGGGUGCCCCUGAUCUUCCGAAAUAAGGAUGGCCUGGGAAUUGAGAUGCCCGACCCCGAUUUCACCGUCCGAGAUGUGAAGCUUUUAGUGGGACAAGGAAGUUUCUGUUGGCCACAGAGGAGCCGGCGGAUGGUGGACGUGAUGGACGUGAACACGCAGAGAGGCACGGAGAUGAGCAUGUCCCAGUUUGUGCGCUACUAUGAAACCCCUGAGGCCCAGCGGGAGAAACUCUUCAAUGUCAUCAGCCUGGAGUUCAGUCACACCAAGCUGGAGAAUGUCGUCAAACGGCCCAACGUGGUGGACCUGGUGGAUUGGGUGGACAACAUGUGGCCCCAGCAUCUGAAGGAGAGGCAGACGGACGCCACCAACGCCAUCGCUGAGAUGAAGUAUCCCAAAGUCAAAAAGUACUGUCUGAUGAGUGUGAAAGGCUGCUUCACUGACUUCCACAUUGACUUUGGAGGCACCUCUGUUUGGUACCACGUUUUUCAGGGUGGGAAGAUCUUCUGGCUGAUCCCACCGACCCUGCACAACUUGGAGCUGUAUGAAGAGUGGGUGUUGUCGGGCAAGCAGAGCGACAUCUUCCUGGGAGACCGGGUGGAACGGUGCCAAAGAAUUGAGCUGAAACAGGGGAACACAUUCUUUAUCCCCUCAGGCUGGAUCCAUGCUGUCUACACCCCUGUAGAUUCUCUGGUCUUUGGUGGAAACAUCCUACAUAGCUUUAAUGUGCCUAUGCAGCUGCGGAUUCAUGAGAUUGAAGACAGAACGCGGGUGCAGGCCAAAUUCCGUUACCCUUUCUACUAUGAGAUGUGCUGGUAUGUCCUGGAGAGGUACGUGCACUGUCUGACCCGCCGAUCCCACCUCACGCAGGAGUGCCAGAGAGAAUCAAUGCUCGUUGAUGCAACAAGAAAACCCAGCAUAGACGGCUUCUCAUCCGAUUCCUGGCCGGAGAUGGAGGAAGAAUCUUGCGAGCUGCAUCCUCGGGAGGAGAAAGAGGAGAGCGUGGACAAAGUUCCCAAGCCGCCGGCCGACAGCUCCUCCUCCCCCAACAUCACACCCUCCGAAGGUCAGGAGCCUGCCGGGAAGAAGCCCAAAGCCCCAGUCAUGCGGUACCUCAAAAGGACUUUGUCGAACGAGUCGGACGACAGCAUCAAAUCCACCACGCCCUCGGACUAUCCCAAAACCCCCACUGGAUCCCCGGCCACUGAGCUCUCGACCAAAUGGACUCAUCUCACGGAGUUUGAACUGAAGGGCCUGAAAGCUUUGGUGGAAAAACUCGAAUCCCUGCCAGAGAACAAGAAGUGUGUCCCUGAGGGCAUUGAGGAUCCACAGGCACUCCUGGAGGACAUGAAGAAUGUGCUGAAGGAGCAUGCUGAUGAUGACCAAAACCUUGCAAUCACCGGAAUGCCCGUGGUCUCCUGGCCCAAGAAGACAGCAAAGAACCGGGCGGUCGGGCGGCCGAAGGGGAAAGUGGGCCCUGGCUCGGCAGUGAAGUUGGCCGCCAACCGGACGACGGCAGGGGCGCGGCGGCGGCGGACGCGAUGCCGCAAGUGCGAGGCCUGUCUGCGCACCGAGUGUGGAGAGUGCCACUUCUGCAAAGACAUGAAGAAGUUUGGGGGGCCAGGGCGGAUGAAGCAGUCGUGCAUCAUGCGGCAGUGCAUCGCACCAGUGCUACCGCACACUGCAGUGUGCCUGGUGUGUGGAGAGGCCGGGAAGGAGGACACCGUGGAGGAAGAAGAAGGCAAGUUUAACCUCAUGCUGAUGGAGUGUUCCAUCUGCAAUGAAAUCAUCCACCCUGGAUGCCUUAAGCGAAAGGAGAGCAGCUGUUCCUGGCUGGAGGAAGAAGGACUGUAUCCGCCCUGGCGCUUAGCACAGUACCUGGUGAAGGAGUCAGACGGCGUGGUCAACGAUGAGCUGCCAAACUGCUGGGAGUGUCCAAAGUGCAACCAUGCCGGGAAAACCGGGAAAGCGUACAAGCAAAAGCGCGGCCCUGGUUUCAAGUAUGCCUCGAACCUGCCGGGCUCGCUGCUCAAGGAGCAGAAGAUGAACCGGGACAACAAAGAGGGGCUCGAUCCGGCCAAACGGAAAGGGGAGUGUGAGGAGGCGGUGCGUCGCAAGUCGGAAGAGCACGUCAAGAAGCCGCCGGCGGACGGCAUCCUGCGCAGGAAGUCUGAUGAGGUGCACCUCAGGAGGAAACGGAAAUUUGAGAAGCCCCAGGAGCUGACCACGCGGAAGCGGCUAAAACUCGGCAAGGAGGAGAAGCUUUUCAAGAAAAAGCGGCGGUCCUGGAAGGCCACGGAGGACAGGGCGGCCCUGGCCAACAAACCCCUCCGGCGCUUUAAGCAGGAGCCGGAAGAGGACCUGCCCGAGGCACCCCCGAAGAGCAAGGAAAGCGACCAGUCCCGUUCCAGCUCCCCGACGGCCGGGCCCAGCACGGAGGGCGCCGAGGGCCCCGACAAGAAGAAGCUGAAGAUCCGGCGGAAACGGCGGCUCCCGAACAAGGAGCUGAGCAAGGAGCUGAGCAAGGAGCUCAACCAGGAGAUCCAGAAGACGGAGAACAGCCUGGCCAACGAGAACCACCAGCCCAUCAAGUCGGAGCCGGAGAGCGAGAACGAGGAGCCCAAGCGGACCCUGAGCGGCGGCGAGCGGCUGCACCGCUUCAGCAAGGGCCUCAAUGGGACCCCCCGGGAGCUCCGGCACCAGCUGGUCCCCAGCCUGCGGACCACCCCCCGCGUCAUCGCCCGGCCCCCUCCCUCCCUCUCGCCCCCCAAGUGCAUCCAGAUGGAGCGCCACGUCAUCCGGCCGCCCCCCAUCAGCCCCCCGCCCGACUCGCUGCCACUGGACGACGGGGCGGCCCACGUCAUGCAGCGGGAAGUGUGGAUGGCCGUCUUCAGCUACCUCAGCCACAGCGACCUGUGCGUCUGCAUGCGGGUCUGCAAGACCUGGAACCGCUGGUGCUGUGAUAAGCGGUUGUGGACCAAAAUCGACUUGAACCAUUGCAAAUCCAUCACCCCGUUAAUGCUCAGUGGCAUUAUCCGCCGGCAGCCCGUCACCCUGGACCUCAGCUGGACAAACAUCUCCAAAAAGCAGCUGAGCUGGCUCAUCAAUAGGCUUCCAGGACUUCGGGACCUGCUGCUGUCCGGCUGCUCGUGGAUCGCCGUGUCGGCGUUGUGCAGUUCCAGCUGUCCUCUGCUCCGGACCUUGGACGUCCAGUGGGUGGAAGGACUAAAGGAUGCCCAGAUGCGGGAUCUCCUGUCUCCACCGACGGACAAUCGGCCAGGUCAGAUGGACAAUCGAAGCAAACUGCGGAACAUAGCGGAGCUGCGCCUGGCCGGGCUGGACAUCACGGACGCCUCCCUGCGGCUCAUCAUCCGCCACAUGCCCCUCCUCUCCAGGCUCAACCUCAGUUACUGUAACCACGUCACCGAUCAGUCCAUCAACCUGCUGACCGCCGUGGGGACCACCACCCGGGAUUCCUUAAUGGAAAUUAACUUAUCAGAUUGCAAUAAGGUUACUGACCAGUGCCUGUCCUUCUUUAAACGCUGUGGAAACAUCUGCCAGAUCGACCUGAGGUACUGCAAGCAGGUAACCAAGGAGGGCUGUGAGCAGUUCAUAGCGGAGAUGUCAGUGAGCGUUCAGUUCGGGCAAGCGGAAGAAAAACUCCUGCAAAAACUGAGUUAGUCGAAGGACAGGCGUGUAAAUACCGGGGCUCGGGCGGGGCGGGCAGGGGGAAAGUGACUUUAAAGAAUAUGUAGGGAUUUUAUUUUCCAUUGGGAACUUGGAAUACCAGAGACUAUCAAAGAUUCCAUUUUACAAGUCCUUUCAAGAAGAAAACAACAACAACAACAGAAGAGUUCAGCUGUUCAUCUUACGAAUGCCCAACCUGUGCCACUUACUUAGUCUACCUGAGACAUACUGCACUGGCUUUUAUGACGAUUCCUAAGGCGACUGUUAUUAAGACGUUCACAGCUGGGAGAAGGACGGACUUUCAAGAAAUUCUGUUAUUUAAAGUACCAGAGCAUGAGCUUGGAAGUGUAAAUUCUUAAUUUCCGCUCCUCAUUUCCUCCAACUCCAAGGUUUUGGUGUUCAUUACAAAGUGGACCACAUGCUGCAUCUCUGCCGCCUUGACACUUCUUCGGUUUCAUGUUUUGUUUCGUUACAUCUUACAUUAUGCAGAACUAUUUUUGUACAAAUUGUUUAAAGAAUUAUUUAUGCAAUGUUUGAAUGCAUACCAGUGGUUUUUUGUUGUUGUUUUUUUUUCCCCUUCGGUUUGGGAUUACCAACUUUUAUGGUUUACUUGAGGUAGGAGAGAACUUAACCUAUACUUCGUAAACAAAAGAAUCCAUCUACAAACGUGCCCAAAUCAGGCAAAGUCGGUUCACACUUUCAAUUUAAAAGCAUGUUUUAAUGGAAGUUUAUAUCCUGCUUUGUAUACUUCAAAAGUGACAUAAGCAUGUUGUGGAAAUAAGGUGUAAAUUAUAGUUGAAGUAAGACACUUUGCCGAGUUUUCUCUGUAUAGAAUUCACCUUUUCUCAAAAUUUUAAGAUUCAGAUUUCAGCUUUUGCACAUAGGAGGGUCCCUCUCCAGCAUGAGCUCUUGUACUCUAUAUAGGACUAAUUUAUACAGUGAGUCAAGCAGUAGAAUAAAUGGUCAAACAGUCUCCUUUUCUUUCUCCUUUCCUUUGAAGUGUGAGUUGGGUUCUCGUUUCAGGUUUAUAACACGGUUAUUUCCUGAUUGUAAAAUUAUGCAUUCAUAAGUGCCACUGUUGUACGGUGUCGUUUUCGUAGACCUUCCUGAUGCAGUUUUACCUUCGUCGAAUUUGUAUAAACAAUUGUACAAAAGAAAAAAAAA